AUGUCUCGAAAACGAGACAUUUCGAGGGAAGAAAUUGCGAAGCAAUUCCUGCUACCCGAACGUCAAUCGAAAAUCGACACGCUUCUAAGGCAGGACGGACAGGCCUACUGCAUCUGUCGCUCUUCGGACAGUUCGCGAUUUAUGAUAGCAUGCGACGCGUGCGAGGAGUGGUACCACGGCGACUGCAUCGGAAUUUCGGAACGCGAGGCGAAGCACAUCAAGCAGUACUUCUGCGUACGUUGCAUCGAGGAGGACUCCACCUUGCAGACGCGCUGGCGAACCAAACGCGACGACACCGGCAACAAGGACGAGUACCGCGUGCGGAAACGCAGAGAGCGCGGCGAGACCAAGUCCGAUAAGAAGAAUAAGAAGUGCGGCGAUUGCAUGGGAUGCUAUCGGACGGAUGAUUGCGGACGGUGCGACGUGUGCCUGCGGAAGUACAAGCACGGAGGCGGACGUCAGAAGGAGCGUUGCAAGCAGAGGAUCUGCGUGAAUUUCGGAGGAACUCGGGGGCGUCGGCGACGUCGCGACUCCGGUUCCGACAUCGAACAGCCGCCCAAUGCGCAUUUAAUGACCGACUAUCCUCGUCAGUGCUACGGACCAGGUUGCGUUAAUAGCGCUCG